AUGAAUGUGUUGGGCAAGCUUGGCAAUGACUUCAGUGUCCGUUUCCGACUCGAACUUGUGCCCCUUCUUCUCAAGAUAUUCCUUGAUCUCACGGUAAUUGGUAAUGAUACCGUUGUGAACUACGAGGAACUCGUUCUUGUCGUUACUGCGAUGUGGAUGAGAGUUAACAUCACGUGGCGAUCCGUGAGUGGCCCAACGGGUAUGUGCAAUACCACAGUGGAUGUUGUACUCCAUAUCCAUGUCGAGAUCGUCGGAGCUCUCCUUGAUGUAGUCAUUGAGAACAGAGACUUUUCCAGCUUUACGGAGCAAUGCGACUUUAGAAUGAGGAGACUCAAUGUCGUUGGAUCCGUCGAUAGCGAUUCCAGCAGAGUCGUACCCUCUGUACUCCAUUCUUUGCAGUCCUUGGACCAAAAUGUCCACAAUUUCCGAUCGCUUCUUCGGCGUCAGGAAGUUGAGGUAGGCGAAGAUUCCGCACAUUUUGGAUUUUUGUACUGGUUAGUAGUGGUGAUUACCUGCAAUAAAAAUAUUGAAGUGAACGAACGGGGAACUUGGAUUAGAAGCACGUUUAAUGAGAAAUGA